GAAAGCACAAUGGCAGGAAACAGCCUUGUUCUACCCAUCGUUCUUUGGGGUCGCAAAGCACCAACCCACUGCAUCUCAGCAGUACUUUUAACAGAUGAUGGGGCCACGAUCGUGACUGGAUGCCAUGAUGGGCAAAUAUGUCUCUGGGAUCUUUCAGUAGACUUGGAAGUUAAUCCUCGAGCACUGUUGUUUGGUCACACAGCUUCAAUCACCUGUUUAUCUAAAGCUUGUGCUUCUAGUGACAAACAGUAUAUUGUGAGCGCAUCCGAGAGUGGAGAGAUGUGCCUCUGGGACGUGAAUGACGGCAGAUGUAUUGAAUUUACAAAAUUAGCUUGCACACAUACUGGCAUACAGUUCUACCAGUUCUCUGUUGGAAAUCAGAGAGAAGGAAGGCUUCUAUGCCAUGGCCAUUAUCCUGAAAUCCUCGUGGUGGAUGCCACCAGCCUUGAGGUGUUGUACUCCUUAGUAUCAAAGAUCUCUCCAGAUUGGAUUAGCUCCAUGAGUAUUAUUCGAUCCCAUCGAACACAAGAGGACACUGUGGUGGCGCUCUCAGUGACGGGCAUCUUGAAGGUGUGGAUUGUUACCUCGGAAAUAAGUGGCCUGCAGGAUACUGAGCCAAUAUUUGAAGAGGAAUCCAAACCAAUUUAUUGUCAGAAUUGCCAAAGCAUCUCUUUUUGUGCAUUCACACAGAGGUCGCUUCUGGUUGUGUGCUCCAAGUAUUGGAGGGUAUUUGAUGCUGGGGACUACUCCCUGUUGUGCUCAGGUCCGAGUGAAAAUGGACAGACGUGGACUGGAGGUGACUUUGUCUCGGCAGAUAAAGUCAUCAUUUGGACUGAAAAUGGGCAAAGUUAUAUUUACAAACUACCUGCCAGUUGCCUUCCAGCUAGUGAUUCAUUCCGCAGUGAUGUGGGGAAAGCAGUUGAAAAUUUAGUUCCUCCAGUACAACAUAGCCUCUUGGAUCGAACAGAUAAAGAGUUGCUAAUUUGUCCUCCUGUUACUCGGUUCUUCUAUGGAUGUAAGGAAUACUUCCACAAACUAUUGAUUCAGGGUGAUUCUUCUGGAAGAUUGAAUAUUUGGAACAUAUCAGACACACCUGAUAAGCAGGAAGGUACAGGAAAGCUGGAAAUGACAACUUCUGUUAGCUUGCAAGAGGCAUUUGAUAAACUGAAUCCUUGUCCUGCCGGAAUUAUAGAUCAGCUGAGUGUCAUUCCCAGUAGUAAUGAACCUCUUAAGGUGACCGCAAGUGUGUACAUACCAGCCCACGGGCGACUCGUUUGUGGCCGUGAAGAUGGAAGCAUCGUUAUUGUACCUGCCACGCAGACAGCCAUAGUGCAACUGCUGCAAGGGGAGCACAUGCUCCGCAGAGGUUGGCCACCUCACAGGACACUCCGUGGUCAUCGGAACAAAGUCACAUGUUUGUUGUAUCCGCAUCAGGUCUCAGCUCGUUAUGAUCAAAGAUAUCUGAUAUCUGGAGGCGUGGAUUUUUCGGUCAUAAUUUGGGACAUUUUUUCUGGAGAAAUGAAACACAUCUUCUGUGUCCAUGGUGGCGAGAUUACUCAGCUUCUGGUUCCGCCUGAAAACUGCAGUGCAAGAGUGCAGCACUGCAUCUGCUCUGUAGCCAGUGACCACUCAGUAGGACUUCUAAGUUUGCGGGAGAAAAAAUGCAUUAUGCUGGCAUCUCGUCAUCUUUUCCCCAUUCAAGUAAUCAAGUGGAGGCCUUCUGACGAUUACCUAGUAGUGGGAUGUUCAGACGGCUCCGUGUAUGUCUGGCAAAUGGAUACCGGUGCACUGGACCGGUGUGUGAUGGGGAUCACAGCAGUAGAGAUACUGAAUGCUUGUGAUGAAGCAGCUCCUGCUGCCGUUGACUCACUUAGUCACCCAGCAGUCAACUUAAAACAAGCUAUGACACGACGCAGUCUUGCUGCUCUUAAAAACAUGGCCCAUCAUAAGCUACAAACUCUUGCGACUAACCUCUUGGCUUCUGAGGCAUCUGACAAAGGAAAUUUACCUAAAUAUUCUCAUAACUCCCUGAUGGUUCAAGCAAUAAAGACAAACCUAACAGACCCGGACAUACAUGUGCUUUUCUUUGAUGUGGAAGCGUUGAUUAUUCAACUCCUGACUGAAGAAGCCUCUAGGCCGAAUACUGCGCUUAUUUCCCCAGAGAAUCUGCAAAAAGCAUCUGGCGGUUCAGACAAAGGGGGCUCUUUUCUAACUGGAAAACGAGCAGCAGUUCUCUUCCAACAAGUGAAAGAAACUAUCAAAGAGAACAUAAAGGAACAUCUCCUUGAUGAUGAAGAGGAGGAUGAGGAGAUAAUGAGACAGAGACGGGAAGAAAGUGAUCCCGAAUAUCGGGCCAGCAAAUCUAAGCCACUGACCCUGUUAGAAUAUAAUCUGACUAUGGACACAGCAAAAUUGUUCAUGUCCUGCCUUCAUGCCUGGGGUUUGAAUGAUGUUCUGGAUGAAGUCUGUCUCGAUCGCCUUGGAAUGCUGAAACCCCACUGCACAGUAUCGUUCGGCCUCUUAUCGAGAGGGGGUCAUAUGUCACUGAUGCUUCCUGGUUAUAAUCAGGCUGCCUGUAAACCAUCACAUGGGAAAGCAGAAGUAGGAAGGAAGCUGCUGGCAACGGAGGGAGUAGGAAAGGGAACUUACGGAGUGUCCCGGGCCGUCACCACACAACAUCUCCUGUCUAUCAUUUCUUUGGCAAAUACCUUAAUGAGUAUGACCAAUGCAACUUUUAUUGGUGAUCAUAUGAAGAAGGGCCCUACCAGGCCACCUAGACCAGGCACCCCAGACCUUUCUAAGGCAAGGGGUUCUCCUCCAACUUCCAGUAAUAUUGUGCAAGGACAGAUUAAACAAGUUGCUGCACCUGUCGUUUCUGCUCGGUCUGAUGCUGAUCACUCUGGCUCUGACCCUGCUUCUACUCCUGCUUUACAUACCUGUUUCUUAGUAAAUGAAGGAUGGAGUCAGUUGGCUGCUAUGCAUUGUGUUAUGCUGCCAGACCUGCUGGGAUUAGACAAAUUUAGGCCCCCGCUUCUAGAGAUGCUGGCUCGGAGAUGGCAAGAUCGAUGCUUGGAGGUCAGAGAAGCUGCACAGGCCCUGCUUCUAGCAGAACUGAGAAGAAUUGAGCAGGCGGGACGGAAGGAGGCCAUUGAUACCUGGGCUCCUUACUUACCUCAGUACAUGGACCACGUCAUGUCACCUGGGGUCUCAGCAGAAGCCAUGCAGACUAUUACCACUGCUCCUGAUGCCUCAGGGCCAGAAGCCAAAGUCCAAGAGGAAGAGCACGACCUUGUGGAUGAUGACAUCACCACUGGUUGCUUAUCAAGUGUCCCACAAAUGAAAAAAAUGUCCACAUCUUAUGAGGAAAGACGAAAGCAAGCUACUGCUAUUGUUUUACUAGGAGUAAUAGGAGCUGAAUUUGGUGCGGAAAUUGAACCUCCUAAACUGCUGACCAGACCUCGAAGCUCUAGUCAAAUUCCUGAGGGAUUUGGUUUGACUAGUGGUGGAUCCAACUACUCACUGGCCAGACAUACUUGUAAGGCACUGACGUUUCUUCUGCUGCAGCCACCAAGCCCCAAACUUCCUCCACACAGUACGAUCCGAAGAACAGCCAUUGAUCUGAUCGGACGUGGUUUCACAGUUUGGGAGCCUUACAUGGAUGUGUCUGCUGUCCUGAUGGGGCUUCUUGAACUUUGUGCUGAUGCCGAGAAACAACUUGCCAACAUCACAAUGGGGCUGCCUCUGAGCCCUGCAGCUGACUCUGCCCGCUCCUCGAGGCAUGCCCUGUCUCUCAUUGCCACGGCCAGACCACCCGCCUUCAUCACGACUAUAGCCAAAGAGGUGCACAGACAUACUGCUCUUGCAGCAAAUACCCAAUCCCAGCAGAAUAUGCACACCACAACUCUUGCCCGAGCUAAAGGGGAAAUUCUGAGAGUCAUUGAAAUUCUUAUUGAAAAGAUGCCCACGGAUGUCGUGGAUCUUCUCGUGGAGGUUAUGGACAUCAUUAUGUACUGCCUUGAAGGAUCUUUAGUUAAAAAGAAAGGUCUUCAGGAAUGUUUCCCAGCCAUCUGCAGGUUCUACAUGGUCAGCUAUUAUGAGCGGAAUCACAGAAUAGCAGUUGGAGCUCGCCAUGGUUCAGUGGCCCUGUACGACAUCCGGACUGGAAAGUGUCAGACAAUCCAUGGUCACAAGGGACCAAUCACUGCCGUGGCCUUUGCUCCUGAUGGACGAUAUCUUGCCACCUACUCAAACACAGACAGCCACAUUUCCUUCUGGCAGAUGAACACCUCCCUGUUGGGGAGCAUCGGCAUGCUGAACUCGGCGCCCCAGCUGCGCUGUAUUAAGACCUACCAGGUGCCCCCCGUGCAGCCGGCGUCCCCCGGCUCCCACAAUGCCCUCAGGCUGGCCCGGCUCAUCUGGACCUCCAACCGCAACGUCAUCCUCAUGGCCCACGACGGCAAGGAGCACCGCUUCAUGGUCUAGGGCUCGUGUCUGCAUCCCCGUUCUCCCAGGUCUCCAAGCCCAGAGUCCCGUCCUUCCUCAGUGCCCAGCCCCGCCGGGGUCACGGGGGGCACAGCCGGGUCUGUGU